AUGGCUGCACUUCCCAAGAGAAUCCUCAAAGAAACUGAGAGGUUAGUUAGUGAUCCAGUACCAGGAAUUACAGCAGUACCAUCACAAGACAAUCUUCGACACUUUAACGUCACCAUAGAUGGCCCAAGUCAAUCGCCAUAUGCUAAUGGAAUUUUUCAAUUAGAAUUAUAUUUACCUGACGAUUAUCCCAUGUGUGCACCAAAAGUUCGUUUUUUAACCAAGAUUUAUCAUCCAAAUAUUGAUAAAUUGGGUCGUAUCUGUCUUGAUGUUUUGAAAGAUAAUUGGUCUCCUGCUUUGCAAAUUAGAACUAUAUUGUUGAGUAUACAAGCGUUAUUGGGUGCUCCUAAUCCUGAUGACCCUUUGGCUAAUGAUGUUGCUGAGGAUUGGAAGAAAGAUGAGAAACAAGCUAUCAAGGUGGCACAGGAAUGGACAGAGAAGUAUGCUUUGAAGAAGGAGUAG